UAAGUUUGUGUAGUGUGAAAAAUGGCAAACGUUGGGGACGAACGAUUGUCGGGUGAAGAGGGUUCGACGCUGGAGGAGCUGAGGAGUAAGCUCGCGCGAAUGAACCUCCCUAUAUCGGAUGCGAGGUCAGUGCUGAUUGCAAGGCUGAAUCGGGCGUGUAGGGCUGGACAAUCGUAUCCUAAGGGAUCGACGGGCGGUGAAGAGCUAACCGGUCAACGAGAUUUAGGAAACGUACAGAGAGCUGAGCGUGAUUGUAACGAAGAUGAAGAUGUUGAGAAAAUGAAUACGAAGGAGUUGAAGGAGCGCCUCGCUGGUUUGGGUUUAAAAACGACGGGAAGAAAAGUAGAAUUACGCGCACGGCUACAAGCGGCCAUGGAUGGUAACUACAUAUCGUCGGAAGAAGAAAGCGACGACGAAAGUGAGGAUGAAGAUGACAAGAAAAACGCAAGAGGAUACAAGAGAGAUACGCGAAGGGUGUAUCAGGACCGUGAUGAAUAUUGUCGAAGGGCAUGUGUUGGUUCGACACUGAGUUUUAGAGACGUCGAAGAUGCAUUAGAGUCGUUUAGUGGCGACAAAGGUGAAAAUGUCGAACGAUGGUUCGAGUCGUUCGAGGAAGUCGCUGAUACGUGCAUGUGGUCGGAUGGGCAGAAGGCAGUCUACGCCAGGAAGCUGCUGAAGGGAUCAGCGAACAUAUUUGCGAGCUUCGAGUGUCAUUCCAGGACUUGGCAUGAGUUGAAGAGGGGGCUAGUGAAAGAAUUUUCGAGGAAAGUCAACAGUAGGCAAGUACAUCAGAAACUUGAAGAAACAAAAAAGGAGAGUGAUGAAGCAUGUUUGGCUUACAUGUACCGCAUGCUCGAAAUAGCCAGCCAUGUGGACAUAGAGGAGGAAGCAAAGGUGGAAUACAUAGUGGAUGGAAUAAUAGACGACGAGAACAAUAAGGCUAUAUUGUACGGCGCUACGUCAAUCAAAGAGUUGAGGAAGAGGUUAGUGAUGUACGAAGAGCAGAAGAGUCGCAGAGCAAAGUCGAUUGUGAAGCCGGCUAAAACCCAGAAGAACGGGAAGCCCAGUCAAUCUGUAGAUGCAAUGAAGAAAAGAAGAUGCUUCAUUUGCGGUAGUGAGGAUCAUCUAAGUGUUAAGUGUCCGGAGAGGGGAGAAAGUGUUAGGUGUUCGAGUGCAGCGGAUUUGGACAUAUUGCAGCGAGGUGUACGGCACGACCGAAAGAGACUUGCGUAGUGUCAAGAUCCGAAAAGGGGAAGUAUGUGAAGGAAGUAAUCGCAGGAAUUAAGCUUCUAUUCUCUGAAAUUACUCUCAAAUCUCAGAGUCAACCCUUCAAAUUCUCCACACUGGAUCUUCGAUUCUUAAUAUUUGUAAUAUCGUAGAAUAGCUUUGAUUGGAGAUCGGCUGAAAUUAGAAAACACCGUGUACGUCGUCUUUCGUGAUUUGUUUACAUCCAAGAGCGCCUAGUAACAGUGACGCGAGAAAAGAUAAGCAGCGUCAAAACAGAAGUACGGUUCCACAUUUCAAGGAGUGGCAAUCGAGAGGCCAGAGUAUGUGAGCCGAAAAGUGUGUGUGUGUGUGUGUGUGUGUGUGACCGAGCAGGAAUGCAUUGGCGAGGUUCAGAGUUGAUCGAGACGUCGAAGCAUAGAGUCGUUAGAAUUGAGUUGCGAGUGUUGUCGAGUGUUAGAGUUGCUAGUGAGAGAGAGAGAGAGAGUUACCAAAUAGUUGUCAAGUUAUUUGAUGUAAAUACGAGCGUUGCAUUUAGUUUUCCUGUUAAUCAAACAUCGUUUCUCUGUCUAACUAAUAUCUGUAUUUUCAAUCCAUUAUUAAUAAAUUAUAAUUAAUCGGACAAAAUUACACCUUUAAUAUAUUCCGAUAUUACAAUAACUUACUUUUUUCUACGUCAAUGGACGUAGACGAAAGACGUUGAGUGAGGAAUUAGAACAAGUGUGGAUCGUUGGAAACCACUAUGCUGCGGUCUACCAUUCGUUUUACCCUAUAUAUACUACGGAACAAAGGAUAAUUUUCACCGGCUUCAUCAAGAGCACAUUUUCUAAGCUUUAUUAUUUAUUAUUACACCCAUUAUAUUAUAUUAUUACGAUAUUAUCUAAUUAAUUGUUGUUUAUUUAUUUUGAUGCUUAUAUUAACUGUUAUUUGAAACAUACUUUCAACAACAUAAUAAAUACAGAGUAAAGGUUAAUGAAAUUUUAAACAGCUUUUUCCAAAAGAACAUGUUAUAUCCGUGUAAGGACUAUAACACUUCUGUUUCCUCGUCAUGAGAACUUUAUGACGCAAUAAAAACUGUUGUCCUUGAAAAUUAUACUCCAGAUCAAUUUUGUAAUCCAUUUUUUCUAACAGAUCACCAUCUCCCACGGCUAUAACAAGUAAGUUUUUAACACUCUAUACACAUAGAAAACACGUAUUGAUUACGAUUCUGCUGAUUAAAACACGGAACGUCAAUAUAUUUAUUCACUAUGCCAACACAGAUAACAUUUACCACUGACGAAUAUAAUAUAUAUUUGAAAGGAUGGAAAUUUUAUUUAACCGACUAUAUGACCAUACUCGGUUAAGUAUCAACAGCGACUAUCUAUCAAAAAGAUUAAAAAUUUUAGCCAUGUGAUUUGGUCCCUUAAAGCGGGGAUUUUAGAAGUAAUAUUUUUAUAAUAAAAGAAUUCAUGAAAAAGUUGUAUUAUCAUAGAACUAAUGAUAAAAUGCCACCAAAACCUUUAAAUUUGUAAUAUUCGAAAGAAACUUGAAAUCUCGUUUAUUUAUUCGGCAACAAAAUCUGAUUUACCUUCAGGGAAUACCUAUACAAUUUUUGCGUAACUCUCUCUUUUAAACAAAACAUCAAAGCGUGUUGUUCCUAGCUUCAAAGGGCUUAACUCAAUUUUUUGAUCAAUUUUUUCUCGUUCCAUACGGUCGUUUCAAAGCUUAUAAUACCAUUUACACCUUUGCCUUGUAUUCCAUCCAUAGUUCCCAUGCAAUUUUAUUAUUAUCGUUCCGAAGAACCUUCGCACUUCUGCUUCGCUCGUGAUAUGUAUUCACAUUUGUUUUGCCAUUUUGUUUCGCCUUUCGGGAACGAUAUGUUUGGAAAUGAUAUGAUAUUGAAAACAAAUAGGCCAUUAAACGAGAAUGGAUGGAUUCAAACGGAAUUAAGUGAUCUCAAUUCCACAGCUUUGGCGGCUGAACGUGUUUUCCUUUCGAACGGUUUGCUCGCGUCAAAUGGUGCAAAUUUCAACAAGUACCCACAUGUUUACUAUUAAAUUCAUUUAUUUCUUUUUUAUUUAUUUAUUUAUUAUCUUUUUGGCUAGGUUACCUUCGACGCAUUUUGCGUAUUUCUUGAGCAAUUUGUAAGGUAUUAUUUCCUAUAUUAUUGAAGAAAGUAAUGAUUUUUAGAUUACCAAUAAAAGGUAGAUUUAAAUUUUAUACAAAUUGGCAUACAUUGGCAAUUGGCAUAAUUUAAGGAAAUUGGCAUACUGAGAUGACAAAUUACUGACAUUCCUUUAGUAUGUUAUGGAAAAUUUGUAAAGGUUUAAAAAUUGUUGGAACACUUUGCAUGGAAUAUAUAUUCUAUAUAGAAUACGAAUUCUUUCUCUUUCCUAAUUAUCGUUUACGUGAUAAAAUAAGGCGUUUCAAUUUGAAUUCAUUAAAUGUUGUCUUAAAUAUUCAAUUUGAAAAUUCUUUGGAGAAAAUCGAAGAAGAUUUAGAACUAUUUUUUAAUCGAUAAACGCUUCAAGAAUUGUGAACCACUGACCUAGGGGAACUUGAUUAAUCGAGGGAUACGAAUAGUUCAAUGAUAUUGCAGAAGCCAUUUACUGCGUUCCCCUAAUAUGAUUACAUCGAUAAAAGAGAGGUCACUACUUCUUCGCCAUAUUUCAUACGUAAAAAUAAAAAUCUUAUAUCAAAGCAAAAAAA